CUCAAAGACACAAAAGUAUUAGUUUAACAUUAUAAAAAAAUGAUUGGUCCAAGUUCAUCGAUCAGUAAACUACUUCUCACACUCUUAAUACUCUUGAUAUUCUUUUAUAUUUACCUUGAUGUAAAUCUGUAUCUUCGCAUACAAAACUAUCCUAUUGAACGGAGUGUCCAUAUUAAUACAUCUUAUUCGCUAACUCUACCAUCUUCAACGGAAACAAUAUCAGUAGUAAAUUAUAGUGAUGUCACAUGGAUAAAUUGUCAUAUAAAUCCACUAUGCGAUAUAACUGUCAAAGCUCUGAUGUUGGACCAUACAAAUCACUAUAUCUUUGCACCAAUAGCAACAUUAUUCGACGAUCUUGUUGGAUUUAGCAAACAUGAUGUGAUUACACCAAACAUGAUAUCAUUUUUCCAUGUUUUUGUUGCAAUUCUUGCUGGACGGAUGAUUGCAAGUGAUAGUUUGUCGAUAAGACGAAUUGGUGUAGUAUUUUUUCAAAUAAGGACUUUCCUAGACGAUUUAGAUGGACAUGUAGCAAGAGCAAAAAGACAUAUUCGAGGAGAAAGAAGUGAAAUCGGAACAAUGGGCUAUUAUGUUGAUGGAAUUUGUGAUGGAUUAGGAUGCAUUGCACUCAUGAUUGGUGUGUUUUGCUUCUUAAAAAAUAAUCCUCCAAGACGCGGUUAUACACAACUCCAAUCAAUCAUUCCAGUCAAUGAUUCAAAAUCAUCAGAGUCCGGUGUGGUUUAUAAAGUUAAAGUGACAACUAAAAAGGUUGCCAGAAAAGUAGGAUAUUUUUCUGCGGCUUUACUUCUCAGUUCGACAGCAUGGAAUCGGUAUAUUGCAUAUUAUCAAGAUAUUCUAGAGAAAAAUGACGUUACUGCUGGACAAUUUGCAAGACAAAAUUAUGCUAUGAAGUCUACAUGGUUUUUUAUUGUAGCGUGGAUGUGGAGAAUUGUCAAUGUCCAUGCACUUCUUCAUCUACUUUUGUUAAGCAUUUUCUGUGAUAAACUUUGGGAUUUUUUGAAGGUCAUGCAGUAUUCGUGUUUUGUUAUACUUCUCGUUGUCAUUUGCGGAACGGAGCUUCAUUUAUGGGAAGCACAAAAGUUUGUGUUUAAAACACUUGUGAGUAGUGGAAAUAUUUGAAGCUAAACAUUCAACAUAAACAAUAUUAAUAUGAAGGAGCACAUAGCACGACCAG